GUCGUUCUCCUGGUAUCGAACCAUUUUGUUUUUAGUCCCAACUUCUGGUUUCAUGGCUGGGAGACCAUUUAUCGCUUUUCAAUAAUCUCUGGCAAACCUGUGGUAUUCCGAGUGGACGCGUUGAGAAUCCCCUAAGGGCUUUCGUUCCGGGCGCCACACCAGGACCAACUGUAGGAAGACCUGGACCUACCUCCCAUCCCCGCUCCUGGUUCCAUCCAUACAUGUACUUCGUAUGCAUACAAGCUCUGGCUUGUCCGCUUCGGAUCCGCGACCUGAACCAACACCGGAACCCAAGGGAGAUGUCCAAAAGUAGCGUUUACAGCUCUUGCCGGCUUCUUUGGGGAUCCAAGCAACACAAUCCAAGCGAAAGCUUUGCUCUUCGACGCUUUCGGUGGUCACACCCAAAUUUGUUCCGAACAAAACGACAAAAGCGUAAUAAACUCAUCAUCGGGGUUGCAAUCGAUCAAAGGGAGUUUACAAAAAGCAAUCCUUCAGUGUAGGAGGAACAAAAUUAUACAUUUAUAGUUAGUAAGCAAGCGACAAGAUGUUCCCCUCCGCAAUGAUGGGUCCCGGUGCAGGGAUGCAGCUGGUUGUCAUGGAAAAUGGGCAGCUACAAACAAGAAGUCUAGACUCCAUGUAUAUGUACUUGAAGGGCAUGGGAUACCUUGCCAACCAGGCUGCUGUCCCCCCGCAAGGCUGGUCUCAACCGGGUGCUCAUCCACAGGGUUCCACACAACCACAGAAUCAAGGGUGGCCCCAGCAAGGAUGGCCCCAACAGGGUUGGCCUCCACAAGGGUGGCAACAAGGACCACAUGGGCAAACACCACAAAUGCAGGGAACAACUGGUACUGGUCCGCCAGCACAAGAAAAGAACAAGGUGGAAAGUGAACAAGAUCGCCAAGAGAGACGUCGAAUGAAGAUCAAAAUCAACCGAGCAGUUCUCGCCUGUAUGGACCUGAAGGAAAAGAAGAAAGGACUAGAGGAGAUGAUGAAGAACCAGGAAGACCACAUCCAAUAUCUUGAAGAAAAAUGUAGGAGCCAAGGACUGUUUUUUGAUUCCCUUACGCAGAAGAUCCCAAGUCCAGGAAUCAAAAACUCACCCGGUGGAGGUGGCAAACAGCAACGCAGACCGAGCGGCCGGACCAGCAGACGUCCAUCGUCAGGUUCCGCACACGGUCACGGAUCUAGUAGCAAUCUACGACCCUCGCAGCCUACAUCGCCCAGACCACGAGAAGAUAUAAAGCCAGCACCGGCUCCACAAUCCGCAGCAAGUAGCAGUCCUCCGUGGAAAGCACAGCAGAGACGACGUUCCAGCGCUGCCAGGGCAAGACCAAGCGUUGCAGCUUCCACAGUUGGAGAUAGCACUGGUUCGCCUGAGUGGAUGACCAAAUUUCGACAAAUUGGACAGCAAUCCACAGACGAGACUGUUGUCGAAUCUUCAGGAAACAAGGCUGGAACCAGUCCCAAUGCAAGUGCUGCCGCCGCGGCAAAAGAGCGGGAAGAGCGAGAGAGACGAGAGCAGGAAGAGCGAGAGAAGGCACUUCGAGAGGAAGAAGAGAGGAAGCAAAAGGAAAGAGAUAUGAUGGAGGCCACGUUGUCGAGAGAGGCAGAUGAAUCCGCAGCCAGAAUCAAGGCAAUAGAAGAGGAAGCCGCCAAGAUCCAGGCACAACAAGAUGCUUUCAGGGCCGAGCAGGAGGAGAGAGAAAAUAAGGCGAAGGAAGAAGGUACCAAGGCUGCUGCCAAACCAAAACCAGCCCCCAAGAAGAAGAAAUCUGCGUUUGACUCGGAUUCCGACGAAGAAUCCUCAGAGGAAGAGUCGUCGGAGGAAGAAUCAUCUGAGGAAGAAGAGUCUGAAGAGAGUAGUUCCAAGAAGAAGAAGGUAGCAGCAAAAGCACCAUUCCCAGCUCCAACGGCUCAACCGGCAACUGCACCAGCAAAGAAAAAGUCUUCGUUCUUGGAUUCCAGUUCAGAAGAAGACUCAUCUAGUCCCCCAAAGAAGAAAGCCACAGCACCUGCACCGGCGCCAACGCCGCCUCCAGCUGCCACACCUACCCCUGCUGAAGCACCAAAGAAAAAGAAGUCGUCGUUCUUGGAUUCAAGCUCGGAGGAAGACUCGUCUAGUCCCCCAAAGAAGGCCGCACCUGCACCGGCGCCAACGCCACCUCCAGCUGCUACACCUACCCCUGCUGUGCAGAAAAAGAAAAAGUCUUUCUUGGAUUCAAGCUCGGAGGAAGACUCGUCCAGUCCCCCAAAGAAGGCCGCACCUGCACCGGCAGCAACGCCUACACCUCCCCCAAAACCACCGGCCAAGAAGAAGAGCAGCUUCUUUGAUGACAGUGACAGCGAUGAUGAUAGUAGCUAACUGCCAGCCACGGCUAGCUGCAUGUUGAGGGGUGCGAACGGGAAUAAGCACACUAAAAGGGACGACAAGUAACGGUCCGGUACGGCUAUGUGAAGAGGCACAGCAUCCUGCGGCGUGUCGAUCAGCCACAGAGGCGUUGGAUUGAUAUCUUGUGAAACUGUGUACUGUUGUCACGCGACUUACAGUCUGUCAGUCAACCGGUAGCCAAAGAGGAUCGAUUAGCGAUCCUCUCACUCUUUUCAUUUCUAGUUCUUUGUUACAUAC